UAUGUGUAGCCCAGCGCGCAGGUCCCGCAGAUCUCACACUGUUCUCAGCUAGUCGGCGGAGCCGCAAGGGGAACGUUUGAGGGCACUUGACAGCUUUCAGAGACUGCUAUGACAUCUCGCAGGUGGUUUCACCCUAACAUUACCGGAAUCGAGGCAGAGCAGCUCCUGUUGACCCGGGGAGUCCACGGCAGUUUUCUGGCCCGGCCCAGCAAGAGUAACCCGGGGGAUUUUACCCUCUCUGUCAGGCGUGACAAUGAGGUGACCCACAUUAAGAUCCAGAACACGGGUGACUACUAUGACCUGUACGGAGGCGAGAAGUUCGCCACGCUGGCCGAGCUGGUGCAGUAUUACACCGAACAACAGGACCUCCUGCGUGAGAGGAACGGCCAUGUCAUCGAGCUCAAGUAUCCACUCAACUGCAAGGACCCCACGUCUGAGAGGUGGUACCAUGGGCACCUCUCUGGUCGAGAUGCAGAGAAACUUCUCACAGAAAAAGGCAAAGCUGGCAGCUUUCUGGUACGGGAGAGCCAGAGUAAACCGGGAGACUUUGUCCUCUCAGUUCUCACUAAUGAGGAGAAACACGAUAAUGUGGACCGCAAGACCAAGGUCACCCACGUGAUGAUACACUACCAGCAGGAUGGCAAGUAUGACGUGGGUGGUGGAGAGAGGUUUGACACCCUGGCUGACUUGGUGGAGCACUAUAAAAAGAACCCCAUGGUGGAAAAAAGUGGCAUUGUAGUGCACCUCAAACAGCCUUUUAACGCCACGAGGAUAAAUGCUGCCAACAUUGAAAACCGGGUACGAGAGCUCAACAAAGUAGCAGACAACUCUGAGAAACCCAAGCAAGGAUUCUGGGAAGAAUUUGAGGUACUUCAGCAGCAGGAGUGCAAACUGCUGUAUCCCCGGAAAGAGGGCCAAAAGCCAGAAAACAAGAGUAAAAACAGAUACAAGAAUAUCCUCCCCUUUGACACAACACGUGUUGAAAUCAGGGAAAUGGAUCCAGAUGUUCCUGGCUCAGAUUACAUCAAUGCCAACUAUAUCAGAAGUAUGCAUGAAGAUGGACGUCAUGUGGAGCAGGGCAAAGUCUUCAUUGCCACCCAAGGGUGCCUGCAGAACACAGUCAUUGACUUCUGGAAGAUGGUGUAUCAGGAGAAUACACACGUCAUUGUCAUGACCACAAAGGAGAUGGAACGAGGACGGAACAAAUGUGUCCGUUACUGGCCAGACCUUCAUGCCACUAAGGACUUCGGAAAGGUGCUGGUGAGGAACAUGGACGAGCAGUCAGCACAAGACUAUAUCCUGAGGAAGCUGGAGGUCACACGUCUGGACCAGAAGGAACCUGUGAGGUACAUCUGGCACUAUCAGUACCUGAGCUGGCCAGACCAUGGGGUGCCCAAUGAGCCUGGAGGUGUCCUUUGGUUCCUAGAGGAGGUCAACCGCACCCAGAGCACCAUUCCACACACUGGGCCCAUCAUCGUCCACUGCAGCGCAGGCAUCGGCAGAACUGGCACCAUUAUCGUCAUUGACAUCCUGAUUGACGUUAUUAAUCGCCAAGGUCUCGACUGUGACAUCGACAUCCCGAAGACCAUCCAGAGGGUACGGCAGCAGAGAUCGGGCAUGGUGCAAACAGAGGCUCAGUACAAGUUCAUCUACAUGGCUGUGCAGCAGUACAUAGACACAGUUCAGAAGAGACUGGAGGAAGAGCAGAGGAAUAAGAUGAAAGAGCGAGAAUAUUCCAAUAUCAAAUAUCCGCCAGUGACCAACUCAAGGCCCAAGCACAACAUGGCCUCCUCCCGCUCUUCUUCUGUGCUGACAAACGACGAUUCGUCGAGUGUGUACGAGAACAUAAACUUCAAAAGCCCUCAGACGUCUUUUAGCAGUAAUACCAGGAGGUAAAAUUGGCGCUGUGGACCUCCUCUUCUCUGUCUGCCUCUCUCUUGACUAAUAUAGCACAGUAGACAGGGAAGCCGGCAGUGUUACAGGGAAUGAAUCAUAGCUUUGAUUCUGCAGUCACCAGCACAAGACAGAUCCUGAAUAUGGUUUUAAUUACUGCUGAAUUUAUUGAAAAUGUGUGUUAAAUGAAUCUGGCAUUUUGUUUUUUGAGGAAUCAUAUCAAAACAUUUUAAAGCAGUUCUUUGUGUUUUUUAAAAUGCUUAAAAUAAAGGACUAACAAUCAGUCUGAUUUUUGAGCCCCUCUGUGUCUUUCUUAGUUCAAACUUAACGUCAAACCUUUUUCCAAACUUCCAUUUAACUCCCUUUGGCUGAUUUUCAUGGGAAGCCUCCAACUUUGAGUUACGUUGUGCAUCAGUGUUCGUGGCAGGCUGGUGUGAUUGUGCAUGCAGUAUGUAUGAAAUGAAAUAAUAAUGGGUGCACUUAUACCUGC